CUCCCCCUGCUCCACUCAAUUGCGUGCGCGGUGCGCCCUCGCCUGUCCCCGCGUCCCCGCCCCUGUCUCCUGAAGUCGUCCGCGACCGCCGCCAUGCUCCCCUCGCCCCGUGCCGCAUCCGUCGUGAUAGGGAUCCGAGAACACCCCAUGGAUGUGUCCGGGAUUCGAGGCCUCUCCCGUCCCUUCCCCUCCCCCACCCCCAUCGGCGAUGCCCGGAUCCGCGACCACCGCCGUCCAACCCCGGCCUCCGUCUGUGACCGCUCCGUGGUGGCGCAAGCGCUGGAGGCAUCCACAGGGGGCUACCGACGGCUGGGACGGGUUCGUGCUCACCACCGACGGCUGGGACGUCCAUCGGGGGACCUUCCCGGCAUGGAUGGUGUCUUCGCAAGGAAACGACAGCUCGCUGGUGCUGCUGAACACCCGUCCGGGUUCGGCUGCGGACGGCGCAGGCAUGGCGGAGCACCUGCAGCUGCACCUGGGGCAGGUGAGCUUACGGAGCUGGUCGAGUUUCGCUGGCUACUGGGUGGCCCGCUGGACCUUCCCAUCCGACUGCAGAUCCAGCGCCUUCUUCUGCGUCCGUUUCGGCAUUUGCACCAGCGUCGGCACGUGUGCCUGCGUCGACGAAUUCGAGCCUUCGAAACCCUGCGAGUGGCAGCGCGGGUACUUUGUGGACGGGUGCACCACCAGGUCUCACCCGCUGAGCUGCACCGCAGACGAUAGUGGCCGCCGCCCGACGACGGAGCAGGACGACUCGUUUCUGCUCCUGGACAACCUGCGAGGGCUCCCUUACAGUUCCAUCCCACAGCGAAGGGCCACGGCUGGCCGCGCUUCUUCACGGCGGCCGCGGCGUGGGGAGGCAUCAGCUGGAUCUGGUGAUGGAUGAAGAGCGGAGGGGCCCGACGCCGCGUCCUCUGCUCCUCGCCACCGGACUGCCUCGCUUUCUACGGCAACAUUAUUGCCAAGAACAUUUUUGAUGAUGUACUGCAUUCCAUAGCAGCAGCAUUGUCCGUAGCAGAUGAUGGCAAUUCACUGCUAGCACUAGCUGAAGCUUCCUUAACUUGAGUGGGAAUAUCAAUCUUAACUGAAGGUCUGAUUGCUCGAAUUGGAGCUGCCAGUGAUUCCUUUUGGCCUUGGGUUUGCGCAUCCUUCAACUAAAUCGGGAUCACAGAUGGAACUGCUUCCUUCCUUGAUUGAUCUUGCCUGGCCGUGUGCGCCGUGGAGGGCAGGCCGGAGUCUUGGACGAUGCUGGCUGUGGCGGGCGUCGACAUGGAAGGUGCUGUGUCUGACCGAUCUCUGAUGUUCUUCUUUUAAUCGAUUUUUUGUUUUAUUAAAUAGCCAAAAGGCAGUUUAACGUAUGCGUCUUCUUUGAAAAUGACAUAUAAGCGAAGUCUUUUAAAAUAAUGGUAAAUUGGCGAAACUCACUUGCCAUAAUGGCAAAUUUCCAAAUUUCUCCUCACGCAAGUCUUCGGCGCCAGGUCGCAACCGUCACGUCACCUCGCCGCCUCCCCCCGCCCGCCCUCCAGAAAUAGGGCCAGAAAAUAUCUCUCUUCCCUGGUCGGGUGAUGAGUUGUGCUGAUUCGGCGGCAGAAAGAGCGCGUAGGGUAGAGGUGGAGUGGAGGAGCGAGAGGAGUGGGCUACCCGCUAGCCCUGGUGGCGUGGUGCGGCGCUGGAGGGAAGACGUGUGUGAGAGGGAGGAGGCCGCGGGGAAUCGAGCACAGACAAGGCAGCGCAAAGCGCGCGGAGAAGAGGACCUCCCGCUCCCGCCUGCGUGGGUAGCGUCCUGGCGCAGCAACAAAGGCAGAUGGGUGGUGUGCGCCGUGUGCGUGGACGGACGGAUGGCAUGUGUGCGUAAUUAGCGACCGGGCGCGGGGGCGGGGCGGGAAGAACGCGGACGGUGGGUGCUGGUGCCGCUGCCUUCGGCCUCACCCCAUGCCGGCAGAAGGGGGUGCGGGGCUGGCCAGACCAUACGAUGGGACUUGUGAGCGACGGGCUGCCCACCCCGGAGCCGGUCGGAUCGAGACGAACGACUACGACAGUGAGCGAUCGCGCGUCGCGGGCACCGGGCACGCACCACCACUCGCGCUCGUACCCGCGGUAGGCAGUCCAGUCCACUCCAGUGCGGCUCCCCUGGUCAGGCUAGGGCCUGAUGGACCUGGCAGGCUGGCACACACGCGUUGGCGAUGCGUGUGCGCCUACUUUGCUCCUCUAUUUUAUCGUACGGCGGGCGGGGCAGCUGGCCCAGCAUGGCUUCAUUCCCACAUGUUCAACUGUUUGAUGUAUCAAUUUUUUUAUCUAUCUCUACUUCUCUACUAUCUAUUAAGGCAAUAGUGUAGACCAUCUCCGUGCCCUCGCCUCCGCGACAUCCACGCCGACUCCGCGCACACGGAGCUCUGACUCCACGAAACCCCCGCCCACCUGCGUCGGAUAGCCAACCUCCGCACGCGACCUCCGCAACCUCCGUAAACUGCUAUCGUGGCUCCAUGACAUUUGCGUCGACGACUCCGCGACCUCCUCCACCACGAUGGCUCUACCACACCGUGCGUGCCAUCGCAAAAACCUACGCAAUGUGUCGUGCGGCUCCCACCCACCGCGCCCCUGCCUCCCCUCCGCAUACGCCAUGCUUGUGGUUUCGUAUAUAUAUUUUAUACUAUUUUUACUUACGUAGCAACGCACGGACACAUAUCUAGUGCUUUAUGAAGUGAUGUAUUAUAAGUUUAUUCUAUAAAUUUUGGUGAAAUCAAAUGCAUUAUACAAACUAAAUAGAAAAGUGAGGAGUGAAAAGAAGACCAGACAUACCCAAAACUUGCUCAAGAUGAAAAGGGAAGAAAAGACGAGCACAGGCUGUCGGAUACGCGCAUCACGAGGCAAAAUCCAACCGUUAGCGGCGUCCUCCCCGUACCGAGGCGAAACCCUGCUAAAACCCCGACUUGUUGACCCUCGCCGCCGGCGCUGGGAAAUCACACAGACACACUCACACACAACCUACCCAGACGGCCAGACCCCGCGCCGCCCCGCCGCCACCCCCACCCCCACCCCAAAUCAGUCAAACGCGCCGCCGCCGCCAUGGGCUCCUCCGUCAGCCAGGCCGGGGCCCCUCCUCCCCAUCCCCCCACAUACGCGUCGACUCCACCCUUUGCGCCCGCUGCCGCUGACGCUGCUGACGCCGCCGCCGCCCCGCCGCCGAAACCUCAUGAGGAGGAGGCGACUGAGGAGAAGGUGGACUACCUCAACCUCCCGUGCCCCGUCCCAUAUGAGGAGAUCCAGCGCGAGGCCUUCAUGGCGCUGAAGCCGGACCUUUUCGAGGGUAUGCGCUUCGAUUUGACCAAGAUGAUCACCCCGUACUUCGCUUUGACUCACAGCGUUGCCAUGGGAUCCAUUGAGAUCCCGGCACAGGGGAGCGAGGUGAUCAAGGUUCCCACCUCCAAUUAUGAGUUUGGUGCCAACUUUAUCAAUCAGAGGACGAUGCUCAUGGGGAGGGUCUCACAUGAAGGGAGGGAGAACAUCCGUGUCAAGCAUGAUAUUACGGACAACCUUUCUUUAAAGAUAAAUGCUCAGUUGACAAGUGAGCCCCACUACUCCCAAGGGAUGCUGAAUUUUGAUUAUAAGGGCAAAGAUUUUAGAUCUCAGGUUCAAUUCGGAAACAAUGGUUUCUAUGGAGCAAACUACAUCCAGAGUGUCAGCAAGAACCUUUCCUUGGGAACUGAAGCCUUUUGGCUUGGGCAGCAAAGGAAGUCUGGAGUCGGUGUUGUUGCUCGCUAUGACACAAAGAAAAUGGUUGCGACUGCACAAAUUGCAACCACUGGAAUGGUCGCGCUUAGUUAUGUACAGAAAGUUUCUGAAAAGGUUUCCCUUGCAUCUGAUUUCAUGUACAAUCAAAUGACAAAGGAUGUAACAGCAAGCUUUGGUUAUGAUUAUAUGCUGAGACAGUGUCGAUUGAGAGGGAAACUGGAUACCAAUGGCGUAAUUUCUUCUCUUUUGGAGGAGCGAUUGACUCCAGGUGUCACUUUCCAGUUGUCUGCAGAGCUGGACCACUGGAAGAAAGAUUACAAAUUUGGGUUUGGUAUGGCUCUCGGAGAGUAAGACGAUUUGAGCAAAUUCUAGACACAUGUACAAUUAGUGGUUGGCAUUAGUCGACAGGGAUUAAAACGAUUCUACUUUAUCUUUGCAUUUAUUUGUCUCCCAGUUAUUCGUUUAGCUGCUAUGGCUGUGGGCCGUGGAGACAUUUCGAAGUUUUGAUUUUACUGGGCUCAUCACUUGAGUAGUAUUAAACUGAAACGGGAAUGCGUGAAUAGAUUGCGCUCCACCAGAUUAGGAUUUCUGCAUGCCAAACUCUUGAUUUCUAGUCUGGAAAUAAGUUACGAUUUUAUUCCAUAAGAUAAAGAUACAUUCCUCUGCUAAGUUAGGUGCUGUUUGGUCUGGCAUUUUUGGAAUUGUAAUCCAUUCUUGCUGCGGGUGUUUGAUUUGAUGAAUGGGGUGUUUGAUUUGAUGAA